CCACGCCAAAACUCAAGCGAACUAACGACCAGCUGACAAGACAACACACCGGACGCAGACAGAAUAUCGAUGUCUACGGUGGCGGAUGCUGUGAUCAAGGGCGCCAUCGGAGGUGCCGGCUUCCUCGCCAGCGCCUACACGCUCACCAAGUUCAUCGUGGCCACGCCCGUGAAAAUCGCGCCACGUGGAGAAGCCGAGCACGAUCUUGAUGUAGUGCUGUGUUUCAACACGAAGAAAUUCUCGCAGGAUGCUGUGGACUUCUUCGUGCAGAUGGUGGAGAAGCAGAGCCACCUGAUCAUCGUCCCCAAGUCCAAGAACGUGCUCCAGGAACACGUUGAAGCCGAGGAAGACGCUAAACCUGAAGAAACGUAUUAUUUGCUGGGUGCCAAGCACAAAACGUUGGUUGCUAUCAAGGAGAAGAAAGAGCGAGCUCUGUAUGGCGACGUGAGCGAGGAGCCGGUGCCCGAGUGCUUCGUUUCCGGAGAUCGGAUCGACCUCCUCCUGUUUGAGCUGGGACGCUUGAAAGUGCAACCCACUUACUAUCGCCCUAAUGGCAAAGAUGAGAAGGUGGGAGAUGAUGUAGAUACGAUGCCGGAGCCGUUCCAAGAUGAAGAACAUGGACUUCUCCUUCAGCAAGCGAUGCAUUCGAAGCUCCUAACGGACCACUUCCCAUUGCACGACGACAAGGAACGCAGCGAGUUGGUAGAAACGUGGGUGAAGGAGUGGACCAAGCCACAACCGAUUAAUACUGUGCGGUCGUACUUUGGUGAUGAAGUUGGAUUUUACUUCGGUUUCCUAGGAAUGUACACACAGUGGCUGAUGCCACUGGCAGCGGUGGGGCUGUUGACUUUUGUGAUUGAUUUCUUCCCAAGCUGGGCAGCCUAUGGCCGUGGAUUAUAUUCACUUUUGGUGACAAGUUGGGCGACAGCGUUUCUGAAGUUCUGGAAGCGCCGCGAGAACACACUUCGCAAUGAGUGGGGCAUCUCUACGUCAGACUCUUUGGCGCUGGAGCCUACACGCACAGAUUUUUUCGGUGAAAAGCGAUUCGACCCCGUCGAGGGAUGCUACUACACUUUCUUUUCAACUAAGGACCGUGCUAAACGCUACUUCGUGACGAUCUCGGCGACAAUGGCUGCGAUGGCGGUUGUUACGGUGUUGAUGAUCCUGUACUGCUAUAUGGAGGAAUGGUUCGCUAUUGCGUUUAUUCCCGCUACUGGGUGGGAUGGAUUUUGGGAGUAUGUGUACCUUGUCCCCUCCAUCAUCUACUCCAUUGUAGUGCUGUAUGUGGAUGCAAAGUAUUCCGAGCUCGCGUCUUACCUGACACAGUUCGAGAACCACCGCACGGAGAGUGAUUUUGCAAACGCCCGCGUGCUGAAGCUAGCGUUGUUCUACUUUGUGAACAAUUUUGGAUUCCUGUUCUACGUGGCAUUCAAGACUCGCGAUAUGGUUUUGUUGGAGCAAACGCUAAGCUCUCUGCUGAUCACAAGACAGCUUCUGGGUAAUCUGCAGGAGCAGCUGAUGCCCUAUAUGAGCAAGAGGUCAUCGCUGAAGGCUGAGGCGGGAAAGUUGGCUAAGGAAACUCACAACAAGAACGCGAUUGUCGACAAGAUUGACGCGGAGCUCCUGUUCCCAACUUACGACGGGACAUUUGAUGACUACUUGGAGAUGUUCGUGCAGUUUGGACAAGUGACGCUAUUUGCAGCAGCGUAUCCUCUUGCCUCGCUGUGGAGUCUAUUUAACAACAUCAUGGAGAUCCGAAGUGACGGCUUUAAGCUCUGCGUGAGCUUCCGCCGAAGCCAUCGAACGUCCACGCAAGGCAUCGGCACUUGGUACUAUGCCUUCAGUGCUCUGGGCUACCUGUCGGUGAUGACGAAUUGUGCGAUUUUCGGACUUCACUCAGGUUUCCUGCACAGACUUUUCCCGAAAAUGUCGUUUGCCGGGUCGCUAGUGGCCGUGGCUAUAAUGGAACACGCAAUGGUGACUGUGAAGGUGUGCGUGGAAAUGUUCGUGCCCGACACGACGGGUGCAGUGGUUGAAGCGCGCCGCAUGAAGCGAGCAUGGCUCCGCAAGAAGGCCUCGCUUCAAGUGGAGCUGUCGUCCCGUCAGCUGAUGCAGACUCGAGUGUCCGAGGCCGAUGAGAGUAUCAAUGCUCCGAUAUCUCAAGAGGCAGUUGCCGCGGCCGACGUGAACGAAUGGCUGAGUCGGGAGAAGGAGCGUCGCUUGAAGCUCGAGCGUGAGUUAAAGAGCCUCAACGAUUUGUACAUGGGGUGGAUCCGCGAGGAGCAGACCAAGCGGAAGAAGACGGAGCUCAAGUUGGCAGCCCUUAUGGAGCACGUCAAGGUGCCGCUGCAUGGAUCCAAAGACUAA